AUGAGCAAAGCAAAGUUUUCAAAUGCGAAAAAACCUAAGGCGUCUGAAGUCGUCAAACAAAAGAAGGAACAAAAACAAGCCCUCAUCGACCAGGAACCACAAAACGAGAAAAUUAAAGCAAUUUAUAAAGACGUCAAAGAGACUCAAGACGUUAUGGCAGAUAAUAUAGAUAAGAUGACGGCGAACUUGGACCAAGCAGAAGAGUUGGAAGACAAAACAAACGAUAUGGUGGAUAAGGCAAAUACGUUCAAAAAGCAAUCACACCAACUGAAAAAAGCGAUGUGCUGGAGGAAGUGGAAAUUGUACAUCAUUGGUGGGUCGAUUGCUGCGAUUGUUAUCAUUGUGAUUUUGAUCGUCAUUAUCGUUCCUAUAGUGAAUGCCGUGAAAAAAAAUAAUUAA